AGCCAGCAGAACGGAGCUGCCAUCACAGAGACUUCUCCACAUGUGGACAUCGCCGUCCCGACUUAGGAUCGGCCGGGCACCCAGGAAAAAGUCGACUCCUUAAUCUGAACUGGGCCAAUUAUCGCGACUGCUGAAGUAUGGAGCAUCCGGAAGGUUUUAGAAGGAAGUUAUCCUUCUUGGGCUUUGUUAAAAGACCAUCAGUCGACGGGCAUGGCGCGGAAACGGUUCCAGAACUCGACGAGGAGAUGGAGAAGGUUUUCGCGAUGGACGUCGGAGAAAAAUUCGACGUAGCCCGGCUUGGUUCACCCACGGAAUCAGCAGGAUCCGAACGUGAUCGUGAUCGAGGACCACCACGAUAUGGAGACCAUGACCUUAAUCAACAUCGUAAAAGAAGUUAUCCACAUCCCCACAUGCCACUAAAAAGUUUACACUCGAGAUCUAUGAGACGACAUCUUUCACCUGAAGGAUCAACGGCGGAGGUGAGCCCAGAAGAUGAGGAAAGAAAUGGUCAAAAUAUAAUAGGACAUGGAAACGACAUUAACGUAUUGGACAAUGGUCCAUCGUCAGGAGCUACAAAUGAUGCCGAAAUUGACGAAGAAACAACGGAAGAAACCGAGAAUAUAAUUAGCAGCGGUAGCGAGGCACAAAUUUCAGAAAGGGCUGCUGCUUCCGGUUUCAGUGAUGGUUCGACAUCAAUUGGUAGCCCAAGAGUACAAUUUGAAAACAUACGCGAAGAAGAUUCGAACAGUUUAAACGCGGAUGAUAAUAAUCAUCAUCAAAAUCAUCACAAUCAACAUCAUCAACAUUAUCAUCAUCAUCAUAAUAAUAAUAAUAAUAAUAAUCAUAAUUCUCAUCAAGGAACAACAUCAACCUCACCGCCAGUAUCUUGGACUGCUUCUGCUUCUGCUGCUGCUGGUGGUGCUGCUGGUGGUGGUGGUGGUGGUCACGAAGACGAUCGUAAAUGUCGAAGACAUCAUAAAUCCGAGCACAAAAGACACCAUCACAAAUCUAGAAAAUACUCUUUACAAGAGGAUCCACAAUGGAGGAAACGUUCUGGAGCUGGUCUUCCAGAUGGUCCUGGUAUCCUUGCCAGGAGAGUAAGCGUCCAACCGGAGGAAGCAAGUACACUUCAGGAAUUGGACAUAGACGAUUUGGAAUCUCACAGGAGCGACGAUCCACGUGGAAUGAGACGUCACAAGGCUGCUCAUUCGACGGUACAGAUUGGCAGAAGAAAGGAAGGUGGGAUACCCCAUGAAGCUUUCAAAAAAAUGUACGACCAUUCACCCCAUGAGGUGUUCGUACAAUUGGACGAACUUCAUGGGGUCGGUGAAGAACGGGAAUGGAGAGAAACGGCACGUUGGAUCAAAUACGAGGAAGAUGUUGAAGAGGGUGCUGACAGAUGGGGCAGACCGCACGUUGCAUCGUUGAGCUUUCAUUCGUUGCUAAAUCUACGUCGGUGUCUUGAAACCGGUGUUGUAUUGCUCGACCUUGAAGAAAAGGACCUACCAGGACUUACCUAUAGAAUGGUAGAACAAAUGGUGAUAGAAGAGUUAAUACUUCCAGAAGAUAGAUCAGUUAUCAUGAGAGCUCUUCUAUUAAAACACAGACACGUCCACGAACACGAUCGAGGAUUUCGUUUUGGUGGAAAACGUAACUAUUCCAGUUACACUAGUUUACAGUCCAUCUGGCUGGAGGAAGAAGAGGCUGCACGAGGAGCCACUGAAAACCAUGUAACCCAAAAUAAUUUGAACGACACCAAGCCAAAAAUCGUCUCGUCCAAUUUGGCAUUGGAUAAUAGUAAUCACGCCGUGGUAGAUAUGAAAGAAGAAUUAACAUUUACCAGCAGCAACGAGGAUCUUAAAAAGGGACAAAACGAGCACAUAUUGAAAAGAAUUCCAGCUGGUGCCGAAGCUACGAUAGUUCUCGUAGGUGCAGUUGAUUUUCUCGAUCAACCAACCAUAGCUUUUGUCAGAUUGGCAGAAGGUAUAUUUAUACCAGCUAUAACGGAAGUUAAAAUACCAGUAAGAUUCAUGUUCACAUUGUUGGGUCCAAGAAACGGUGAUUUGGAUUAUCAUGAAAUUGGUAGAUCUAUUGCCACUUUAAUGGCAAAUACUUCUUUCCAUAAAAUUGCUUACAAAGCUAACGAAAGAAGAGAAUUACUAUCUGCCAUUAACGAAUUCCUUGAUGAUUCUAUCGUAUUACCACCUGGGGAUUGGGAAAGGCAAGCUUUGUUACCGUUCAACGAAUUAAAAGCAAAAAGUGAAGCUAUUAGAAAAAGAAAGGCUAAGGCUAUUGAAGAAAAGACUAAACCUGUUCAAAGUGAAGCAGCUAUAAAAAAGGCUCUACUCGCUGGCGAAGAAGAAAAGAAACCACCUGACGGUGACGAUCCCUUACGCAGAACACGACGUCCCUUUGGGGGUAUAAUAAAUGAUAUAAAAAGACGUUAUCCUCAUUAUUUAUCCGACUUUACCGACGGAUUAAGUUCUUCCUGUAUAGCAGCAGCAAUUUUCAUGUAUUUCGCAGCACUCUGUGCCGCAAUAACAUUCGGCGGAUUGAUGAGUGACAAGACACAUAAUACCAUUGGAAUUUCGGAAACUUUGGUAUCCGGUUCAUGGACAGGAGUAAUUAUGGCAUUGUUUGCUACUCAACCUUUGGUCAUUAUCGGCACUACAGGACCCCUCCUACUGUUUGACGAGAGUCUCUAUAAAUUUUGCAAGGCUAAUGAACUUGAGUUCCUUACCGUAAGGGUUUAUAUCGGUGCUUGGAUGGGUAUAAUAGCUUUAGCUAUAGCUUCAGUCGAAGGUUCGGUUUUGGUUAGAUUAUUCACACGUUUUACCGAAGAAAUAUUCACUGGAUUGAUUUCCCUUCUUUACAUAGUCGAGACAUUUAUCAAAUUGUACAAUUAUUUCGUACGUAAUCCGUUAUUAGAGGAAUACAACUUUUUACCCGACAGCAAUCAAACUCAACCGAUAAACGUAACCGAAAUAAAAAUCAUUUAUGAAACUUGGAACGGUACGGAAAUAUCAGUCGCUUAUGACGACAUGCGAACGCUUAUACCUAAACAAGAUGACGGAGGAGUCUUGAUAAAUCAACCAAACACCGCAUUAAUGUGUACGAUAUUAUGCUUAGGCACGUUCCUAGGUGCUUAUUAUUUACGAAUCUUCCGUAACAGUCAUUACCUUGGCCGUAGCGCAAGAAGAGCAUUCGGUGAUUUUGGUGUACCCAUUAGUAUUAUCGUAUUCGUCCUGAUCGAUUAUUUGGCCAAAGUACAAACGGAAAAGUUAUUAGUACCAGAAGGAUUGAGUCCAACCGUGGCUGGAAGAAAUUGGUUCGUUUCUCCGGGUGGUGAAACUCGACCUAUCCCAGUUUGGAUGACUUUUGCUUGCGCCAUUCCAGCAUUAUUGGUUUACAUCCUCGUUUUCAUGGAAACUCAAAUUUCCGAGCUUAUCAUCGACAAAAAGGAACGUAAAUUACGUAAAGGUAACGGUUACCACAUGGAUAUCGUUGUGGUAUGUCUGAUGAAUGUUGGUUGUGGAUUAACGGGUUCACCUUGGUGCAGUGCUGCAUCCGUACGUUCGUUGACACACGUAUCAGCAGUUACAAUCAUGUCACGUACACAUGCACCUGGAGACAAGCCGCAUAUAGUCCAAGUUAUAGAACAACGUGUCAGUGCGUUGUUAGUUGCCAUUCUAAUGGGUGUUAGCGUAUUAAUGGCACCACUUUUACGACGAGUACCUAUGUCCGUCCUUUUAGGGGUUUUCCUAUACAUGGGAAUAUCCUCGACAAAUGGCGUACAACUGUUCGAUCGUGUAAAGCUUUUCUUCAUGCCUGUUAAACAUCAUGGGACAGCCAAUUAUGUUCGUCGAGUCCAAACAUAUAAAAUGCACAUAUUCACUACGAUACAAAUCUUGUGUCUAGCAGUACUCUGGAUUGUUAAGAGUACGCAAGCAGCCCUAGCACUACCGUUCUUCCUAAUAUUGAUGAUACCACUGCGCGGUCAAAUGAGACACUUCUUUACACCUGCUGAAUUACGUGCUCUUGAUAGCAAAGAACCUGAACACGAAAGCACCGAAGAGGAGCCUGACUUUUAUGAGGAAGCUCCGCUACCUGGUUAGACUGUGCCUUAUAUUCACGACUAAUUAUCUCAUCUGGUGUAUAACUUUUCUCAUAUACGUUUUAUCUUUUUUUUUAAAAAAAAAAAACGUUACUCUCUAAAAACACCACGUGUCUCUCUUAAUUCUUCGAAACAAAACAACCAAACGAAAUAAUAAUAAUAAUAAUAAUAUUCGUAUAUAUUAUUCUCGUAUAUUAUCAUCUAUAUAUAUA